GCUCACACAUGUGCAGCCAGGAUAACGAGCAUGUACUGAAGCGAGAGUAACUGGUCAAUAAUAACCCGCUGGUCCACCGUGUCUGUACGCGUCUGUGAGCGUCUGUGAGUCGGUCCGGUCGGUGAACAUGGAGGACGAAGCGCUGCUGGGUCUGAUCUACCAGCACCUGAAGGUGAACGGCUUCAAGAAAGCGGCCAAAGUGCUGGAGAAACACGUCGCUGAGGUGGAAUCUUCAGAGCAAAACUCCAACCUGCGCGAUAUCUACACAGGCUGGGUGAAACUGUGCUCUUUAGCCCAAGAUGCUAAACAAGAGACAGAAGAUGCGACCACUCUGAAGAAGAAGAGCAUUAAAGCAGAACCUGCCGUCAUCGAAGAGGAAGAGGGCGCCGACGCCAAACUCUCCAACGGCGCAGAGGAAAAUCAUGUUGAUUCAAAGCCUCCACCUGAGCCCGUGUCGAAUGGCGUGGAGUCGUCCGGUUCAGAGGGGAAAGACGAUGAAGAGGAGGAGGACAAGGAGGAGGAGGAGUCAGCAGAACCAGAGGCGGCUGCAGAUGAAACUUGUGUCCCGGCCGCUAACGGCUCCUCUGAGUCCCAGGAAGCUGCCGCGGACCAGACGGGGGAUGGAGCUCCGGCCUCGGGCGACGAUGAGCCCAAGCAGGAGUCAGAAGCCGCCGCAGACGAAACCCCCGAGUCCGAGGAGAAAGCUGUCAGUCAAACAGAGGCCACACCUCCCUGCGCUCAGGAGGAGGAGCAUGAGGAAGACGAUGCCGUGAAGGCGUCCGGCGAGGCCGAGCCCACCAGCUCUGACCCGGCAGCCGAGGAGACCAAUGACGAGCCGGCGGAAAGCGAAGCCCCGCCCCCUGCAGAACCUGAAAAUGAAGCUGAAAAUCCAAAAGAGGACGAGACAGUCGAGGAAGAGGAGAAAUUCGAGGAGCUCACAGCCGACCUGAAGCCUGAGAACCAGGAGGAGACGUCGGCAGCUCCUGGUGACGCCGCUGAACUUCCUGUUGCUGAAGCUGCAGCAGACGACUGCAUCGUCCUCAACAUUCAGGUCGAAGACGCUGAAGCAGCCGAGCAAGAAACAGGCCCAGAAAUAAAAACUCCCAAGAAGAAGAGGAAGAAGAGUCAAAAGGAAACACUGAGCACAGACACGUCCGCCUCCGAAACAGUCAGCGACAGUCCUCUCUCCACCAGGUCGGCCAAAAAGAAGAAGCUAAACAAAAAGAAGGAGGAGGAGGAGAAGCCGGAGGUGGUGGAGGAGGUGGAAGAGGUGGAAGCUGAGGAGGAGGUGGUGGAGAAGCUGGAGGAGGUGGUGGAGGUGGAGGAGGAGGCACCUCAGGUAACUUCUGAGAAGAAGAAGGCUAAGAAGAGGAAAAGGGAGAAGGACCAAGUGGAGGAGGAAAGCGUGGAAACUCCCGUCGCUCCGUUGGAAAACAAAAUGAAAAAGAAAAAGAAGAUUGUAAAAGAGGUGGAGGAGGAGGAGGGAGGAGGAGAAGAGGUGGAGGAUCCUGUGACUCCAGCAGAUUCAACGGAGAAGAAAAAGAAGAAGAAGAAGAAGAGGACUAAAAAGGCCAAAGGACAGAAGGAGGUGGGGCAGUCUGACGAAUCAGCAGCAGGGGGCGACAAAGACUCAGAAAAGGAACUGGAUACAACAGCUGAAGGAAACUCGUCUCUGCUCUCGUCCUCAAAGAAGAAGCAGCGGCUGAGGAAGAAGCUGAGUCUGAAGAAGAGGCUGAGGCUGCACAAGCAGGAGGAGAAGAGUAACAAGAAGAAGAAGAAGAAGACCACACCCGGGGAGAAAGGAAUCCAAGAACCAGCAGAGGAGACACCUCAGCCCAAACCAACCAAAAAGCCCAAACGUGCCGCACCCCAGGACCAGAGCACCCCGAGGAAGAUCACCAAGCAAGAAGAGAACUCAUCCAAGGAAAACAAACCUCCAAAGAUGAAGAAGCAGAAGAAGGGAAAGAUGGUGGACACGGAUGAGAGCGGCGUGGUGAUCGACCUGACCGCCGAGGGUCUCGACUCGUCAGUGUGCUCGAGCGAAGGGACGAAGAAGAAGAAGAGGAAGAAGAUGGAGGUCGACCAGGUCGAGAGAACUCCCGUCUCUGCAAAGAAGAAGAAGAAGAACGGACUGAAGCAGAAAGUGGAGAUGGAAGCUUCUCCAGAAGCACCUGCUUCCACGAAAAAGAAAUCCAACAAAAAGAAGAUCCUCGCUGAUUAAAUCUGGCGGCUCCUCGAUGUGAGCGGAGGGACGAUGAUUGGACCUGAAGACAAUCUGCAGAACGCCGGUGCCUUUCCUCCUGAUGCUUCAGCCUCAGAUCAGAGGAUUCUCUCUCACACGCAGGAAACAUCAAUGUUUUUCAGUCAAGUUUGACUUUAUUAUUUCUCCCAAACUGUGAAAACUACACAAACUCUCAUGUAACUCAGAUCUGUAUCGAAUAAUUAACAGGUAUAAUAAUAAGAACGAGAUUUAAAAUGCAGCCCGACUCGAACUACCUUCGACAGAUGUUUGUAUUAUUGAAGUGACUCUGUGUAGAAGUUACUGUUCUCAGACCCGAUGCCACAGAAUGACUUCUGGAGUUUCUCCGGAGUUUCAGACGCGUUCACGACAACACAGAAACCUCCGGAGCGUUCAGGUGGAGGUCUUUGUGUUCGGAGCCGUCUCCUCAUCCUGGGACUUUUGGUUUGUUUUGUUUUAUUUUGCGUCUUCAGAUAUUCUGCUGAGUUGUUACGAGGCCAGAGAAAGUCCGGAGUCUCUCUCUGGACGUUCAGUGUUUUGUCUGAAUGCAUCUGUUGUGUAUCUUUGAAUCUUCAUCUCUCUCUCACAAUGAGAAACUCGACCCGCUGCUGCUCUCCUGCUGUGACGCUUGUGACCGACGAGCUUUGUGAUGGUUUUCGGGAACAAGCUGUGAAACUCUCCCGUUUGAUCAAAUAAGCUCCUGAGGAUUGUGAACAGUAGAUAAGUUGAUAUACAUUUUUUUUUCUGUAGGGACUUCAGUUUCAUUGUGACACUAAACUUCCGUUUCGUGUGUUCAAGCAGUCAACAAAAGCUGUGAGUUAUGAUUUUUUUUGUAGGGACAUUAUUUGUUUACAUUGUUGUUUUCACCGUGAACUCUUAAACUAUGGACCUGAUUCAAAUGCUGUGUUUAGAAGUGGAAUUACCAGAUUAACAGAUUCUAGUUUUCUCCUCCUGAUGAACUUGUUUUAUACUGUUAGUCUUUUUCUGUUUGAGCCGGAGAGGUCAACUACCUACGUCUGACUUGUACUAAAAAAUAAAAGUGUGUCGAACAAAGCCAA